AUGAAGAGAUUGUCUCUCUCACUGAAAAAGAUUUAUUUUGCGUGGGGUCGUACAGAAUUUCUUCGAUUAGUUCAACAAGAAUAUGGAGAGAAAAUGUCUCGAUUUCUCGAAGAACUCGAUAUCGAUUCUGCUCAAUGUUUAAUUAAUAUUGAUCUGAUUUCAAUUAUUGAAGAAGAUGAAAAAUUCUUAAGUAAGGAAAGUCGAGAUUAUUUGUUCAAAGAUGGAACGAAAAAGAUUCGACCUAUAAUUCAACAGAAUAUUCAACGUUUCGUUGAUCAAAUGAGACAACUUGCUAUUUAUGAAAAACAUAAACAAUUAACUAAUCUCACUGAAUAUCCAACGAAACGAAUACGAUUUUGUCACGGACGAACGAUCAAACAUCGGCCUGGUUCAUCUCGAAAAAAUGACUCAUUUUCCAGCGGGGCUUAUGAGGCUUGCUCAUCAGUGUCGAUCAAUGAAUUGAAUAGCGAUGAACAACUUGAACACCAGAUUACAACGACAAGAAGAAUUGAUUAUUUUCUCACGCAAUAUUGUUUGGUUUCGACAAUUGAUCUUUCAAGUACUAAAAUACGUUUGCUUCAUCAUCUAAGAAUACAAGAAGAACAACUCUAUGAAAUCUUAAUGUAUUUACGUAAUACCUUCGGUGACACUCUCAAGGAAAAUCUCGAUAAGAAUGAAUUGAGUACUUCACUUUUAAAAAUGCUCGGCAAUUUCAAACCAAUUGGAUAUUAUCGAAUGUGA